CCCCAUUUAUAAGCCAUUAGCUCAUAGCCACAUCACGCGACUAACGUACGCUUACAUCUUAAAAAAUACGUAAAUAUAUUCUCGUAUUUGUUGGAGAUAGUUUUGGUGUUAUUGAAAAUGGCUGUGGUAACUGGCCUGUCAGUAGAUAAGGAAUAUGAAAAGUUAAACAACGUGAAACAAGAAGAUGUACGUAAAUUGAUAGAGUGGUUGAGUGAACAGGCGCAUCUACCGCAUCAGCAUAUCACUGAAUUGGACGUGAUAUUAGCAUAUCACAGCUGUGCAUGCGACGUGGAUGUGACUAAACGGGUCAUUGAUGUCAAUUAUACUCUGAAAACACUAUUCCCGUUCUACCAGGACAGAAAAAUUGACGAUCGUUUGGAAUUAGCAUUUGAAACUUGGUUAAUCUAUCCCAUGAAGACAACGACGAAAAGAGGUUUUUGGCCAAUUUAUUGUGAACUUCUGGAUGCAGAUCCCAAAAAGUUUGAUUAUGGCGAUGUGAUCAAGGCAUUUUUUAUGGUCAUGGAUUUAUGGCAAUAUGAAGAAGGCACGGUUCCAGGCGUGGCAAUCAUAGUGAAUUUAGACAGAGUAUCAUUGGGCCACAUAUCGAGAAUCAACUUGACCGUGGCACAACAGUUUUUCUACUUCUUACAGGAAGCAAUGUUUGUGUGUCUCAAAGAAUUCCACUUCAUAAAUGCUCCAGUGUUCGUUGAUAAAUUACUAUCUAUGGUGAAGCCAUUCAUGAAAGAUGAGCUGCUUGAUAUAUUGAAGGUUCACCAAGCAGACACCAACACUUUAGAAGAGUUUAUUACCACUCAAGAUUUAUUUAAAGAAAAUAAAAAGAAUUUGAAAGAUGAAAUAUGCAAUAAACUACAAGCAAACCACAAGUUCUUCGAAGAAGAAGCGCUGAAAAGAGUUGACGAAACAAAGAGACCUGGUGGCCCUAAAUCUUUGAGCACAUUCUUCCCUGGCUUGGAGGGCUCAUUCAAGAAACUAGAAAUAGAUUAAAUAACCAUCAGUAAAUAACAAGAAUCUAGACAGACAUGAUAUAUGAACAAUAAUGUACAUACCACUAGAUGGAGACAUUGAAGAGACAAGUGCAAGCGUAAGUUAUCUUAUGUAAAUCGAAGGAAAUAUUAUCAGUUAAACCUACUUAAGAUAGUAAGAACAGUGAUAUCACAAAUAUAGGUAUGAUGCAGCAUGUAUUGACACCGGUACGUGACAACACGUGCAGUCAGCGCGGCGGCAGCGGGUAGCAAGUGACACAAAGGAAAUUGCUUCUUUGCAUAGCGGUGUGCUUGCCACCACUUGCAAAACGACCAAAAACCCUACUAAACGUAACAUUCGAUGGACUCUGUUAGAAGCUUAUAGUCAUACAUACAUAAUAAUACAGUGUAAAAAGAACACUGAACAAGCAUUGUAAUUUGCAAGUUUCGAGUUUUUGUAAAACAAUAUUUGUUGAGUAUCUCUUUCAUUUAUCGCAAGUGUAUACUUACCCUAGGUCCUAGGUCACAAAUAAAUGUUUAUAUAAGUUAAUAUACA